GUACGCACGUCACACUGCUGCGCGGCAGGAUUAGUGGAUAGUCGUUCUAGGCGGAAUUGGCAUGCAGGGAAAAAAAAAUGAUGUUGCGGACAGGAAACGGGAGCCCAAUUAACACAACUUGGACUUACAUUUGGACUCUUCGUUUAAGUUGAAAGUUCGUAAGUAGAGGAGCGUCUGUAGUGUCUUUUGUGUUUUGGUUUUGGAAGGAGGGACACCACGCAUAACUCCCUUCGGUCAAGUUUCAAGAUCCAAAAUUUUUAUUUGCCACAAGCAUGAAUGUAGUGGCACAACAGCAGUGAAAUUGCUGCUACUCCAGACUGUGCAAUCUGCUCCAUGUGUUUGCCUCGAGGAGUUAAGUAGAAGACAGCAGGAUCUGGAUUGGUUAAUGAGUAACUGGCUGCUCUCCAGUCAACAGCACUUCCUACUGACGCUGCAGUGACCCUGGAGCUUCCCGGCAAGGAGCCACACUUGUGACACAAUCUGCAGUGCUGCCACAAGGGUAGGUGUCGUACGUUGGCUUUACUUCAGUCCUCUAACCAGACGCCCAGCCUUCUUCACAGUCACCGUCCUGACACGGUCACUGCGUUGUAUAAUGACCGCGACGGCGACGCGAAUAGCGGAAUGCAGAGCCUUUGAUUCGCUUUGAGGAGGCACGUUUGGAAUGAAUCUAUGCCGAUCUGAGCUCCGACACUUUCGUUUGUUUGCAGGGGUGACGUUGGUGGAGGGUGGCCCACUGGUUGAUCACAAGGGAUGGCAGCCUACAAGAAGGAAUGUGGAAGGUGACCAGCUCCAGUCUACUUCCAGUGUCUGAAGAAUGGGACCAGUUUUAAAGCCAUUGAGCUUGACCCUUCAGCUUGGCUCCACCCUCCUGCUCCAUCCAUUGCUGUAGCCUCUCACUUCUCCUCCAUCAGCAUUAUGAACAUCACCUCCAACCCUCCCAACACCUCCCAGGUCCCCAACACUCCAGCUGAUCCCCUGGGUGGUCACACCGUCUGGGAGGUUGUUGUGAUCAUCCUCAUCACCGGACCACUAUCACUAGUAACCAUCAUUGGAAACCUGCUGGUGAUAAUCGCUUUCCGGCUAAACAGUCACCUGCGCACUGUCAAUAACUACUUCCUGCUGAGCCUGGCUGUGGCUGACCUCAUCCUGGGCACCAUCUCCAUGAACCUUUACACCACCUACGUCAUUAUGGGCCGCUGGGCCCUGGGUGACCUGGCAUGCGAUAUCUGGCUGGCGAUCGACUACGUAGCUAGCAACGCCUCCGUGAUGAACCUUCUAGUAAUCAGCUUUGACCGCUUCUUCUCCGUCACCCGGCCCCUCACCUACAGGGUCAAACGCACACCCAGACGAGCAGCCAUAAUGAUCAGCUUGGCCUGGGCCAUCUCCUUUUUCCUCUGGGCGCCUGCAAUCCUGUUUUGGCAGUACAUAGUGGGUGAGCGGACAGUAGAGGAAAACGAGUGCUCCAUCCAGUUCCUUUCUGAGCCAAUCAUUACCUUCGGGACAGCCAUCGCCGCCUUCUAUCUCCCCGUCACCAUCAUGAUCAUCUUGUACUGGCGCAUCUACCGGGAGACUGAGAACCGUGCGCGAGAGCUGGCAGGAUUACUGGGCUCGCCGGGCAUGGGCCGCGUUUCCCAGAGGUCGAGGCCACAGCUGGCUCUCUCGAGCAGCACCAAGAGCAGCAGCUCCAGCUCUGAAGAGACCCAGGCUGAGGAGUGCAGGGACAGCUGCUUCAGUACCCAGCAGAGCGUACCAAAGCUGCUGAUGGGGGAGGAAGAGGACGGGGCAUCGCCAUCACACUCUGGGAGGAGAUACUUACAAUCAAAGAUCAACGGGAGCUGGAAGAUAGAUGACGAAAAUGGCUCCGAAUCCUCCUCGUCGGAGGAGGAGAACGAAAAGGAUGAGAAAGGUGCUAUGGUGGUACGUGUCCCCCUAAUCCCAGUGAAUGACGGCCUGGGAGGCAGUAAAGACUGCUGUGACUCCGGGGUGCAAGAUUCUGACACUCACCAGUCCGACAGCCAGUCGUCCUUAGGCCCAGCUAAGCCCUCCUCGCUGAAGUGGCCCAAAACUAAAAAGAGACGAAACACCUCCGUCAUCAGGGAGAAGAAGGCCGCCCGGACGCUCAGCGCCAUCCUGCUGGCGUUCAUCCUGACUUGGACUCCCUAUAACAUCAUGGUGCUGGUGUCCACCUUCUGUGAGCACUGCGUGCCCGAGAGGCUAUGGCAGCUGGGCUACUGGCUCUGCUACGUCAACAGCACGGUGAACCCCAUGUGCUACGCCCUGUGCAACAAAUCCUUCCGGGUCACUUUCAAGAUGCUGCUACUGUGCCGUUGGGACAGGCGGAAGUGGACCAAGCAUCACAUGGGAGCACCUUCACCUCUCAGGCCUCACAAGUCCAGCAGUGUUGUAUGAUUUACUCCCUUCCUUUCACAUCGGAGGUCCAUGUAACUAUGAUGCCAGGCAACCAAACUGUAAACAAGUGAUUUUUCUUUCGUCUAUAGUUGUUUGAUCGCUUCCUCAGCCCGUGACCACUAUACCUGUCACUCGUGGAAAAACUGGUCCUUGCUGCUACUCAAUAUACAAGUAGCAUGGAGAAGUGUUUAGGGCACUACCAGGAGCAUGCACAAGACAUUUCAAUCUCGGUAUGAAUGCGUGCAAGCAUCCCUGUGCACCACGUUUAUGCUACAGAUAAAAAAACAAAACUGAAUCUUGGUUGCCAUUGGACCUGGAAGCUUAAAACCUGACAGUGUUUAUUUUUUUUUUAAUGCUCAGGUUAUUUUGUUUACUUGUUGUGAUGGUGAGACUCGUGAGGUUAAAUUUGUCACGCUAAUAAGAUACACGUUUAUUUUAUGGCUUUCUAUAUUUUCAAUGUGUGUUUCCACAGUGUAUUGCCAGCUGAUCCUAUUGUCAACAGAAAUGAUUAAGACGUACCGACGAAGGUAAAUAUCUCACUGGCAGAUUAUACUUUCUUCAGACCUGGUGAAAAUAUGGAUUAAGCAUCCAGCAUGACUAAUCAAUGUCAUACUCCAUACCAGUUCCAGGAAAGACUUUCACAUCACAGUCUAAACCAACUAAACUGUGCCUCCCCUAUAUUUACAAAUGUGUCUCUUAAGCAGUCUCAUUUGUCCAAAUAAAUCUUUUCCCUACGGCUCUGUUGAAACGGUCUGCUAGGGCAGGAAGGUGCCAGGAUGUCCCAAACCCUCCGGGCCCUCGUUUCAGAAAUGUCCGGUUCUGGUUAGUUUUCCGAUUUGGUUUGGAAUUUAGCACAACAGGAACAUAAGAUAGAGCAAUAAUCUACCUAAAUAUUACCAAGAUAUUCAGCAUCAGGAUUAAAGGCUGAUAUUGUCCAGAGGGGCUGUAUUCAGUUUGUAGUUAAAAAGGCUUUUAUCAAGCCGAUUACAUUCUACAUCAUGUUGAUGGUUUUAGGUUUGCUCACUAAACACUAAAUUGCAUGAUUUGACUGUUUUAGACAAAAAAGAUCAAAUUAAACUUAGAAUAUCUUGCGUAUGAAUUAGUCAUCAUGCUGGUCUCAUGCUGGCCAGUACGCCCACAAGUUCAUUGGUACUGAGAACUACAAGAAUUUAUGCAUGUUUUCAGAAAAAUAAAAUUGACAUUUUUUUUGUAACUGAACGGUCAGAGUGACCCUAGCUGUGAAAAUCAAGUGCUCAAAGUAGGUACUUUAACCUCACUGCCAAGGGAACAAAUCACACAAAAAACAACUGAACAUUUGGUCAAAGACAGUGUGCCGCAUUGCUAUUUUUAUCGUGAUUAAAAAAAAAAAAAAAAAAAGUUCCUUGCCAUUUGGUGUGGCGUUAGUCUUCAUCACAGCCUUGCUCUUGUGCUUGUCCAGAAUCGUUAAAUAACACUUCGUAGUUUUCAGACAGAUGCACCUCCAAGAACAGGAGGGGGAUGAUGAGCUUUGUCAGCUACGCUAAUAACCAAGUUUUAGACGCGCAGACAUACAUUUUGAUGGAACGUUACGCCUCAACAUAAUCGCUAUCCACUACGAGCUGUAAAAAUACAAAAGUACACUCCCCCAUCCUCCAUUAUGGUCUACCGCUGCAAAUAAGAACAAAACAAUCUGGCUACAUUUUGUGCCGAUUCUUUAGACGCAAGAACAUUGUGCGACUGUCACAGCUUUGUGUGUGGGCACUAUACUACUCCCACCAGUGACGGUUGAUUGGAUCCCUGGACUGCACCCCCCCCCCCAGCCCCCCUCCCCCGCACAGCAGUUCUGUUUACACCAUCACAAACAUGCCCGUCAUUUCUAGCUAAACAUCAGUUUUUAAUUCUAAUUCUUUGUUCCUGAAAGUGAAUUUAGUAUUAAUCUCCCCUAUCAGCUGAAGUCAGACUAGCGUUGAGGGUGUUCAGAACACAAGUAUUACAAAUUAGGGUAUAUUUGAAUCACAAAGCAAAUUCAAAUAUUUAAUUCUGGAUGCAUUGGCUUAUCUUUCCUGCCUUAUAAGAUCAGUUUUGAUGGAAUUACAAAGAGGCUAUUAAUAAAUACCAGUUAUUGAGUCACAUUGUCUUUGUGUACAUUUAUGCACAAAUGGCAGACUAAUGGUACCAACAUGGACAAAAACUAGCUCAGUGUAUCCAAGGCUGAGAGACACAGGAUUCGUACGAAGCCAGAUGAGACGACUGGAGGAUGACAAUUUAAAUUCCUAACAUCAUUUUAACGUUUCUGUUCUGCUUAGAAUGACAAGCAGGCCCCUUUGACUCCUGUGCAAGAACCAACGCUCACUGGGCGUUUCACAGAAGCUGGACAAUCAUGCGCUUGCUAGCCCACGAAGAGUCCAAAUACUCAUCUAAAGAGCCA